UUUUUCCUUUUCACUCGUGGCGGUUGUACCCCCGUGCAUGUUUGUGUGACUGUGGUGUGAUCUGUGGCUGACUGGCUGUGGUGUCAAGUGUGAUACAGAGAGAGAGAGAGAGGCAGGCAGCUGCGUCUGCGUCGUGGCCGGCGCGGCGCUGCGCUGCGCGGAAACCAAAUCCUCAGCUCCGGUGUUCUCUCCAAUCUCCAUCCAUCCAUCCUCCUCGCGGCUCGCGCCCCGAAAAAUGGCGCCAACCCCUCCCCAGUCUCCCGCGCGGCGCUGCCCCAGCUAUUUCCCCCUCCCCUGAAUUGACCCCAGCCGCGCCUCCCAAACCCUAACCUAACCCCCGCCCCCUGGGCCCCGGCCAUGGCGUCACUGCCCAAGCCGCCGCCGCCGCCACGCCCCAAGACGCGGGGCAACUACAACUGCGGCCGCUGCGGCCAGCCCAAGAAGGGCCACGUCUGCGUCGGCCCCGGCCCCGGCCCCGGCGGCGCUGCGUCGCCCUCCUCCUCGUCCGGGGCCGGAGGGGAGCACGGGCUGCGCCGCGCCCUCUCCUUCGACGAGGCCGGCACGCCGUCCUCGCCGGAGAAGAAGCCCAAGGUGGAGGACGUCGACGAGGCGGAGCUGGACGAGGAGGCCACGGUGGACGUGGGCGCCCGCGCGGUGUCCAGGGAGGUCAUGGCGGAGGUUCUGCACCGCCUCGGUCCCCGCGGGGUCAUGGCCGCCGCCGGGGUCAGCCGAGGCUGGCGGGACUGCGCGGGCCGGGUCUGGCGCGCGGCCGAGGAGCUCCGCCUUCGCGUCCUCGCCUCCUCUGGCGCCGGCCUCCUCGCCGCGCUGCUCCCCCGCUGCCCCGCGCUCUCCCGCCUCCACCUCCGGAUGGAAAGUGAUGUUGAUGGCACUACCCUGGCUUGUAUUGCAUUUUCCUGCCCAAGUUUAAGAACUCUCGAGAUUACCAUGGCUGCUGAUGCUGUCAACAGGAUGACUGGGGAGGAUCUAAGUCGUUUUGUUUCGGAGAAGUCUUCUCUCUCAGCCCUCAAAAUUGGUGGUUGCUCUAAUUUGGAUAUUCUUAAUCUGUGCUCUUCAAGCCUUUCAAUUCUUUGGUUGUCAGAUCUUUGUUCCCUUUCGAAAUCGGUUAUGAACUGUCCUAAUAUGAGCGAGCUAUCACUGUGCUUCACAGAACAUAGUAGUGAUUGUACCAAUCUGAUUACUUUGAUGGAUGGCCUAGGUCGUACAUGUCCUAACUUGGAAAAAAUGCACAUAUCAUCAAAACAAUUAUCUAAUGAAGCUGUAUGUGCUCUAGAGAAUGCUAAUCUCAGGGGACUGUUCAUGCUAUCCCUGAUUCUAGGUUCAAAAAUAACUGAUGCAGCUGUUGCAUCUAUUGUUCGGUCAUGUGCAAGCUUGGAGUUACUUGAUUUAAGUGGAUCUAGCAUUAGUGACAAUGGUGUUGGGAUGAUAUGUAAAGCAUACCCUCGUACUUUAUCAAGGCUGCUCCUUGCUCUUUGCCCAAAUGUGACCACACGUGGGAUCCAGCUAGCCACAGCACAGUUGCCAUGUCUUCAACUCAUGGACUGUGGAAUGAGCCUAUGUGCUAAUGUGAAGAAUGAAAAAGAGGGUCCAUAUUUUGGUGAAAUCAAUGGAGGUAUUAGAAUUAUUCGAAAACUGUCCAUCUUAAAGAGGCAACCUAUUCACCAAAAGCUUAUUAUAAAGCAUGGGAAUUUGAAGAAGCUCAGCCUGUGGGGCUGUUCUGCAUUAGAUGCUCUAUAUCUAAAUUGUCCAGAGUUAAAUGAUCUCAAUCUUAACUCUUGCACAAAUCUACAUCCAGAACGUCUGCUUCUUCAGUGCCCAAAUUUAAAGAAUGUCUAUGCAUCCGGAUGCCAAGAUAUGUUGAUUGGAGCAAUCAGAAAUCAGGUUCUGAAUGAGUUCGCUGCAGUUGAACCAUCUCUUCCAUGCAAGCGGCUAGCGGAUGGCUCCAAACGGGUUCAACUCCCUCAGUUCCUAAAGCAGCAGCCGUCGAAGGACAACAAAUUAAUUGAAUUGAGCCAGACCCAGUGCACUGUGCAUCUUGGUUCAUAAUAACACCACCAGAGCCAGUUAACGGAGCAUUGUACACACCGAAUUAUGUGAAUCAUGCACCACAUAACAUUAUCAAUUCGUUGUAUACUUCUGUAUUGCAUCAGAACCUGUAGUGAUUGUUGUAUAAGCUGCUAAUUGCUGCAUGGACAUGUCUGAAUCCAUCAUGGAUUUCUUGCGACCGUUAGUCUGUUCUAGGAAACAUUAUAUAGGAAUAAUUCGUAACCAUGACCCGUAUUCUCUAGGGAAAAAAAAUAAUGAUCCUAGGUCACUCAUUUUGGUUGGUGUUAUUCUGUUAUUCUUCCGCAUGAGCUAUCUAUGGACUUUGGUUCUUCAA